UUCAGCGGUUACCUCACGAAUUAUUCUGUUUACCCCAGUGUGCUAAAUGAGUUGUACGCCUCAGUCAAGCCUGAGCAUCACAGGACCGAGUCUCACAUAACCUUGCCGUGCUACUUUUGCUGAUGCAGGUUCUCCCGCUGGCCCUACCCAGUCAUCUUUCCAUCUUAGCGCUUAGUCUAAUCAUCCCAGCGUCUAUUGUGCCGAGCGGCCCUCGACAGCGUGGAAAUACACCUGCAAUCUGAGUCGUCAACCUCUUCUCCUCUUUUUCUCAGCUGAACUCCAUCCACAGUUCUCAUAUCCCUACCCUCCAUCUUUUUUACCACUCGUUUUGUACCCCACUCAAUUUCCGAUGCGCCGUAUUGUUCGUCAUUUGUUUCGUCGCACCAUCACGCCUACUAGCCAUACAAGCCAAUGUAUCAAACUUGAAAUCAUCAGCGGAAAAAAUCUCAAAGUCCCUUCCGAGCGCAUUCCCGCCGGUAUCUAUGUGCUCAUCAAUGUCGACUCGACUCGGCGCUGGAAAUCAGCCGUUCAAGUUUUAUCAUCAAACGAAUCUGUAACGUGGGGCGAUACUAUGAUCGUUUCAUCACAGGUAACACCUGCAUUAUCAAUGGAGAUCAGAGCGUCCUAUGAGCUUGAUCGAAUGCUAGGCAAUGGUGAAGUUAUUGGAAAACUUAGAACAUCGUGGCAUGAGCUGCUCGAUCAUGGAGAUGAGCCUUUUGAACUGUCCUUCCCACCUGUUCGUGGUGUCCGCCCUUCCCUCACGCUAAAGGCCGUUGUUGUACAUGCUUUCGACAAUCAACACAGUACACGGUUUGAUUCCCUCGUAGACUGUAAGAUUGCGCUCGACACAGAUGCAGGCCAUGUACGAUUCGCCCAAUACAUGAAACGCAAGAGGGUCUCUCACUUGAACAGUGCUGUGAAGCAUUUUCAGUCGGUGCUGGACCAGUGUCCGGUCGGCCAUCCUGACCAUGCAGCAGCUCUCACCAACCUUGCGUGGGCCCGCCUUCUAGGUUGCAUUCAAAAGAAAAAGGAUCUUCAAGACAUCGACAACAUCACUUCCCUCUUCCGCGAAGCCCUUGCAUUGCGUCCGCAGGGCCACCCCGAUUGCGCAUUAUCUGUCUAUUGUCUCAUUCGAACAUUGAACUGGCGCUACAGCAGGGAGCGCACCGCCGUCUACAUUCACGAAUCCGCACAGCUGUGCUGCAAGCUACUGCCCCUCUGUCCAGAGGGUACCUACCUUCGUAGCAUCGGCCUUGACAGCGCAGCUGAUUAUGUGAUCCCGCAAUGCAACAAUCUUCCACCUGAUGCAUCUAAUGAAGACAUCCGCCUUCGACGAAACGUGCUCGAACUCUGUCUUCCGGGUCAUCGACUCCGUCUCCGCGCCCUUGACGAGCUUGCACGGGCGGUUGGUGCACGCUUUGACCAGCAUGGCAACAUUGAUGAUCUAGACGAGAGCAUACAACUUGGUCGUGAAGCUGUUUCUCUGUGCCCCGAGGAACAUUCCGACCGUAAUGUCUGCCUGAAUAACUUGGCAUUCUCACUCGAGUUCCGCUUUGGACACCAAGGCAAAUUUCAUGACCUAGAGGAGGCCAUUACUUUGUACGAAGAAGCGCUGCGUCGGCGCCCUGUUGGGCACGAAUCUCGGCAUUUCUCAUUGGACAACCUGGGGGCCGCCCUCCUCGCCCGUUUCAUUGAACGCGGUGAUAUCGAUGACAUCGCCCGAGCCAUCAGCCUCCAUCGCGAGGCAUUGACGUUGCGCCUAUCUGGGAAUCCACGUCGUGUCACCACGCUCAACAACCUUGCCCUCGCGCUCAAAGUCAGAUUUGAAAAAUCACAUGUCAGCGAGGAAUCUGUCGAGGAUCUUAACGAGGCCAUUGAUCUGUAUCGUGAAUCCCUUCGGCUACUGGGGCAUGAUCAUCCCGAGCGCCAUGUAGCUCUUCGAAAUUUGAGCUCGGCGCUCUGCUCUCGUUUCACGCGAACUCGGAAGAAUGAAGAUGUCAAGGAGGCGAUUGAUCUCUGUGAAGGCUCAUUGUUGGCAUUGCCUUCAUUGCACCCGGAUAGAUACUUCAGCUAUAUGAAGCUGCAGGAAGCCUAUUUGUCUCGUUACCGAGUGCACAACAACCCCGUUGAUUUGUCACUUGCAGUGGAGAACUUCAGACUGGCAUCACGACACCCUACUCAUGGAUUCCCACAUCGCAUCGUUGAGGCUAUAGACUGGGCUCGCCAAGCAGAAGUCUAUCAACAUGAAUCUGCCCUCGAAGCAUAUCAAAUGUGCUUGGAGUUGUUUGACAACCAUGUGAUGACGCGAUCAUCAAUCAUCUCACGGCGUGAAGCUGCAACCGCCUUCCCUUUCCGCGAUGCGCAGUCACUGCCAGUAGAUGCAGCAUCGUGUGCUGUUCGUUCCAAUGAUUUGCAACGAGCGGUUGAACUCGUGGAGCAGGGUCGUGGCCAGCAAUGGUCGCUGGCCUCUCGCCUGAGGAGUCCACUCGAAGACCUCGAGUCCACGAAUCCCAACCUAGCUCACAAGUUCUCAGAGCUCAGCCAGCGUCUUUCCGACGCUCAAGGUUCCGCAGUCAGCACAGACCAAGCUGCUGCUGAUCGCGCAGCAAUCGAGUACAGGAAACUGACGAAUCAGUGGGACGCUGUGGUAGCUCAAAUCCGUAAUAUUCAAGCUUUCUCGCGAUUCCUGCUCCCGCCAUCGUAUGCAGAGUUGCAAGUGGCAGCGUGCCAUGGCCCGGUCAUCAUCCUCAUUGCGAGCAAAUACUCAUGCAGUGCCAUCAUUGUCCCGACGUCAGGGGAACCCCGCCACGUUUCCUUCCCACGCAUCACUCUCGCAGAUCUGGAGCAGCUCAAGGACGAUUUUGCUACGGCAAUCCGGCACACGGCUCGUAUGCACCCAAGGAAGCCGAGGGAGAAGUUACAAAGACGCUUGCGAGUAGUAUGGGACGAGAUCAUGCUACCCAUCGUAAAUGUCCUCCAGGACGACCUGAACUUGCAGCGUCAGUCUCGAAUAUGGCUUUGUCCGACGGCAGCCUUCACGUCCAUUCCUCUCCAUGCAGCUAACCCCUUUCGGUCGAAGGCAGACCGCUCAGGGCCAGAAGCAUGCCUGGAGGAUUUAUUCAUCUGUUCCUACACGCCAACGCUUUCGGCUCUGAUCAGGUCUCGACAGAAGAUGGAGACUUGCGUCACUCAGACAUUCGCAGCGAUCGGACAAGGUGAACCUGGCGCAGGGCAAGGUGAGGUGCUCCCCGCUGUCAACAUUGAGCUUGAGCUCGUUCAUGAACUCAUUCCUCCCAACGUCAAAUUCACCAAUAUUUCAAAAGAUGAAGCUACUCAAGCAGGUGCACUCGAUGCUUUGCGACAUAACACCUGGGUGCACCUCGCUUGUCACGGGAAGCAAGACCUUGAGCAGCCUUAUAAUUCAAGUUUCGCCAUGAGAGACGCACCCCUUACGCUACUCGACAUCAUGGAGAACAAUUCUCCGCAAGCCGAAUUCGCGUUCUUGUCGGCGUGUCAUACCGCUGUUGGCGAUGAGGAGACGCCUGACGAAGCCGUCCACCUCGCAGCUGGACUCCAGUUUUCUGGUUUCAAGAGCGUUGUAGGCACGCUGUGGGGGGUCAAUGACGCUCUCGCAAAACACUUUGUAGAAGCUUUCUACAAGAAGAUGUUCGAGGAUAUGGAGGAUGGUGUCAUGGACUGCACGAAGGCGGCGCAUGCAGUCAACUAUGCUAGAGACUCCGUGAAGACGAGGGUGCCGCUCGAGCAGAGAAUCGUUUUCGUUCACAUUGGUGUGUAG